GAAGGCGAGGACUGGCAGCCCUAGAGCUUCUGGGGAAUCGCUGGCAGCAGAGGCGCUGGGAGCCGAGCAGAGGCGGCCGAGAGCCAUGGCAGCGGUGGUGGCGGCGGCGGCGGUGCGGACCCGGAUCCUGCAGUUUUCUUCCAAAGUGAAAUCCACCUGGUAUUCAGCAUCUUCCUUCUCUUCUUCAGUGCCAACUGUAAAGCUCUUCAUCGAUGGGAAGUUUGUUGAAUCCAAAAGCGACAAAUGGAUCGAUAUCCACAACCCAGCCACCAAUGAGGUAAUCAGUCGUGUCCCUCAGGCCACCAAGGCUGAAAUGGAUGCAGCUGUUGCUUCCUGCAAACGUGCUUUUCCUGCAUGGGCAGACACUUCAGUAUUAAGCCGUCAGCAGGUCAUGCUCCGCUAUCAACAACUUAUUAAAGAAAACUUGAAAGAAAUUGCCAAAUUAAUCACGCUGGAACAAGGGAAGACCCUAGCUGAUGCUGAAGGAGAUGUAUUUCGGGGCCUUCAGGUGGUUGAGCAUGCCUGUAGUGUGACAUCUCUUAUGCUGGGAGAGACCAUGCCAUCCAUCACCAAAGACAUGGACCUUUAUUCUUACCGUCUGCCUCUGGGAGUGUGUGCAGGCAUUGCUCCAUUCAAUUUUCCUGCCAUGAUCCCCCUUUGGAUGUUUCCCAUGGCCAUGGUGUGUGGAAAUACCUUCCUAAUGAAACCAUCAGAGCGAGUCCCUGGAGCAACUAUGCUUCUUGCUAAGUUGCUCCAGGAUUCUGGUGCCCCUGAUGGAACACUGAACAUCAUUCAUGGACAACAUGAAGCUGUAAAUUUUAUUUGUGAUCAUCCGAGCAUCAAAGCAAUCAGCUUUGUGGGAUCCAACCAGGCAGGAGAGUACAUCUUCGAGAGAGGAUCAAGACAUGGCAAGAGAGUUCAAGCAAAUAUGGGAGCCAAGAACCAUGGAGUAGUCAUGCCAGAUGCCAAUAAGGAAAAUACCCUGAAUCAGCUGGUUGGGGCAGCGUUUGGAGCUGCUGGUCAGCGCUGCAUGGCUCUUUCCACAGCAAUCUUUGUGGGAGAAGCUAAAAAGUGGGUGCCAGAACUAGUGGAACGUGCCAAAAACCUGAGAGUCAAUGCAGGAGACCAGCCUGGAGCUGAUCUUGGCCCUCUCAUCACUCCCCAGGCCAAGGAACGAGUCUGUCAUCUAAUUGAUAGUGGAACAAAGGAGGGAGCUUCCAUCCUUCUUGAUGGCCGAAAAAUUAAAGUCAAAGGCUAUGAAAAUGGCAACUUUGUUGGACCAACCAUCAUCUCAGAUGUUAAGCCAAAUAUGACCUGUUACAAAGAGGAGAUUUUUGGUCCAGUUCUUGUGGUUCUGGAGACAGAAACAUUGGAUGAAGCCAUCAAGAUUGUAAAUAACAACCCAUAUGGAAAUGGAACUGCCAUCUUCACUACCAGUGGAGCCACUGCUCGGAAAUAUUCCCAUCUGGUGGAUGUUGGACAGGUGGGAGUUAAUGUCCCCAUUCCAGUGCCUUUGCCAAUGUUCUCGUUCACUGGCUCUCGAUCUUCCUUCAGGGGAGACACCAAUUUCUAUGGCAAACAGGGCAUCCAUUUCUAUACUCAGUUAAAGACCAUCACUUCUCAGUGGAAAGAAGAUGAUGCUACUCUUUCCUCACCUUCUGUAGCCAUGCCUACCAUGGGCCGUUAGAAACAAGUUUGUUUAAGACCCAGUCCGUCCUGAAUAAUCUCACUUUACUUUUUACCAGCUUCAUUUGCCAACUUUGCUCAGAUCGGAUCCCUGGGAUUGGAAUACAUUGUAACUAAAAUCUUUCUCAGGACUAUUAGUCCCUGCAAAGUUGCUAUAGGGAGACUCUUAGUGUAACAUUGAAACCAGAUUUUUCACUUGCUCUUCAUACUUAACAUUUUUGAGGUAAUUAUUGUGGCUGUGAAAUGCUUAUCUGGAAUAAGAGCUUAAACAUGUUUUCUAAAAA